AUGCUGCGGCUCAAGACGCUGCUGAGCGCGCGCUUCCCGCGCGCCCAAGUGUUGCGCGCGCAGUGGGCGCGUGACAGCGUCAAGAAGAACCGGCGGCUCAGCGCCAGCGGCUUCCAACUGCCGGAGCCGCACUUUACGCCGUGGAGGACCGUGCAGGGCUCGCUCUACGUGCUGGACGCGCGCGCCAAGCAGCAGCAGGAGCAGGAGGAGAAGCAGACGGAGGACAAGAUCAAGGUCGCGGGCUUCGACCUGGACGGCACGCUCAUCGUGACCAAGAGCGGCAAGAAGUUCGCCAAGGACAAGGACGACUGGAAGUGGUUCCACCCGACGCUCGUGCGCGAGAAGCUGGCGCAGCUCGCGCGCGACGGCUUCACGCUCGUGAUCUUCUCCAACCAGAACGGCAUCGCGAAAGGACACAUCACGGCCGCUCAAGUGCAGAGUAAGCUCGAGACGAUCGUCAAGCAGUUGAAGCUGCCGAUGCUGGUGCUGCUUGGGACCGAGAACGACGCCAUGCGGAAGCCCCGUCUGGGAGCCUGGAAGGAAAUGGUGAACGUGGUGAGCUCCAAGGGCGAGGAGGCCAUUGACAAAGAGGCGAGCUUCUACUGCGGAGAUGCUGCGGGACGACCGAAGAUCGCUGGGAGAGCCAAGGACUUCGCUGCAACAGACUACAAGUUUGCGCUCAACGCAGGGAUCCGCUUCUUCACGCCGGAAGAUUUGUUUCUGGGCACGAAGCAGCGACUCCACACGCGUCCUGACACCUGGGAACUCGGCUUUGACCCGAAAUCCGUCGCCCUCAACGACUCUGCUGAACCGUUGCUUAGCCCAGCUUCAGCUCAGGCUGCCAAGCCCGACCAGGAAAUGGUCGUCCUCGUGGGCCCUCCAGCUUCGGGAAAGUCCUUCUUCGCGAAGACCUACCUGAGCUCUUACACCGUAGUGAGCCUAGACGAAUUGCGUACCGCUGCUAAUUGCAAGAAGAAGUGCCUGGAGGCGAUCGCGGAGAAGAAAAGCGUUGUGGUCGACAACACCAAUCGUGAGCCGCGCGCACGGAAAGAGUGGAUCACCAUUGCGAAGGAAAAGAAUCUGCCGAUUCGGUGCUUCGAAAUGGAUGUCCCCAAGCCGCUAUCGAUGCACCUCAACACGUUCAGGUCGCUGACGGAGCAGAAGAAAAUCCCCGACGUCGCCAUUCACGGAUUUUAUAAGAAUUUGGUGCCGCCAACGGUCAACGAAGGGUUCGCGGAGGUUGUGAAAGUCCAAUUUCGCAUCGAUAAAAGCGUCCCCGAGGCCAAUCACGCGCUGCUGCGGUCCUAUAUUUGA